GAUCCGGAUUUAGUAGAGCAAUUUUCAAAUCUGAUGGUCUCCACGCGCCCCAUUAGUGCCGAGGAGUUGGCCAGAUUUGACGAGAACGCACCGCUGCGUCAACGCAAUGAGAUCGAGCACCCCUCAUACAAGACGAUACCGAAGUUCUUUGAAGCGCCGCUGCCCCGAGGGGACACCAUCCGACAGAACCUCCGCAAAGAGGCGCAUUCGUUGUAUCUGCAGCAAAGGUCGCAGGAGCUGCUGGACAGCAACGAGCUGGACGAGCUGUGGAGCAUGCUGGUGAAGCACGUCACCCAGAUGACGGCAACGGGUCAGCAGCUGAUCGACUUCGAUGCCUACCUUCAGUUGCAGGGCGCGGUGAAUGCCAAGAUCCGAAAUUAUCUGACGGCCCGACUCUUUGGCACUCUGCUCGUCCUUUCGACUCACCCUGGUGGAAUGGUGGACAUUGUGUCCGUGUUUAACUACAUCAUGCGCAAGGUUUGGCUGAAGCAGGCAAGGAUUGGUCUCUCUUUCUACGACGAGAUGGGUCGGGGCUAUCUGCGAGAGACCGACUUGGAGAGCUACAUAAUCGACCUCAUACCCAAUAUGGCACAGAUACGCGACUGCAUGCAGCCCUCGUUCCAGAGCUUCUACGUCUGUACCGUGCUCAAAAGGUUCUUCUUCUUUCUGGACGCACAGCACAGAGGACGCAUUCGUAUCCGGGCUAUGCUGGAAUCGGGAAUGGUCACAGAUCUGCUGGAUCUGCGCGAAGAGGGCGAUCCAGAGGAUCCGCAGGACAAAAACUGUUUCUCAAUGCCGGCGGUCCUCGCGGUGUAUAGGAACUAUCUGAGCCUGGACAAAGACCACAAUGGAAUGCUCAGCCAGAAGGAACUGGCUGACUAUGGUUCUGGCACCCUUACAACCAUCUUUCUGAAACGCGUUUUCGAGGAGUGUCGCACCUACCAGGGUGAAAUGGACUACAAGACCUACCUCGACUUUGAUAUGGCGAUGAAUAAUCGUAGAUCCCCUCAAGCACUGCAAUAUCUAUUCCGCAUCUUGGAUGUGGACCACAAGGGCUACUUAACAGUCCAAACAUUGCAGUUCUUCUUCAAGGGCAUUCAGGAGGCGUUCAAAUCACAUAAUGAGGUUCCCGUCAAUUUUGAGGACAUCAAUAAUGAGAUAUUCGACAUGGUCAAGCCAAAGGAUCCCUGCAAGAUUACCCUGCAGGACCUGAUCAAGAGCGGAAAGGCCGAGACUGUGGUGUCCAUACUAAUUGAAUUUCAUAAAUUCUGGGCAUACGAGAACCGUGAGGAGAAUCCGCAGAAUGUUUAAUAACAGCAUUCCACCCGGCAAGGCGCAGCAUGAGUGCGGUAAUAGCAUUAAGCGAAAUUUAAUUAAAUCCCCCGACUGGCCGGCCAGCCCGAGUACUCGGGUAAUGCACUGCCAUCCUGCAGCCUGCAGGCUGCAGACUGCUGGUAUUCUAGGAUUUAACCCUGUUGUUCGCUUUUUUCCGUGUCAUACUUACAUGCAAAUUCGUUGUGAAAAGAUUCGCAAAUAUUUCUGGCCCAUUUGUAUU